AUGCUUGGUAUGGAACCUUACAAGGAAUGCAACUGCGAAGGUUCAAAAAUGAGCCCAUUUACGACGUACAUUUACUUUAAUGUCACCUAUUGUUUAAUUUAUGUAUGUUGUGCCUUUGCAUUUUUACUUUCGCUCCUUACUGCUGCUAUGCAGAACGGAUUUCAAGACAUUCGGAGAUUUGCGAUUUGUCAUUUAGAACUUGAACAGAAAUUGAGAAUCCUGAAUUUCAUGAAAAGAUUUGGAAAGGCUUCGUUAUUAUUUUCAGCAGAAGAUUACUUCAACGUAACCAAAAAAUUUCCUAUUAAGAUGGCAAGCUCACUUCAUUCGAUAUUUUCCAGUCUCACGAACUUGAGGAGCGUGGAACAGAAAACAAAAUGUAUCGAAGGUGAUUCAGAAAAAAUUCGGAAUCUGUUUUUAAAUUAAACUCAGCAUAGAAAUCGCAUACACAGCACAA